CUCUGCAGAACAGCAAAGCUUGUGAAACUAAUGCACCUUCAGCACCUAAAGCACUACCACGUCCAUGCUUACCCAGGAAAUAUUUUGAAGCCUGACACAAACUGAAGCAGUUUUUUCAAAAGUCACUUGAGCAUUAAAAAGGAUGAUCAACUUUGGGUCCCCAGAUCAGAAACAUCCUCAGAGGCCGUGGAGGUGUGACUUAAGCCUGAAAGCAGCGUAGAUGACCAGGAGAGGAACUAAACAGGAAUCAUGAGGCAACAUGUGCCUUCCAACGGCAGCCACGGGGGAAGAAUGAAGCUUUUAUCUGGUCUCUGCCUCAGCAGUUUCUCAGAACACUUAUGAAACAGGAUUCCUAACUGAAUUUUCUAAUUGCCUCGCAGAGCGUCCCCCUCCAUUAGCCGGCCCGGCCGGGAGGAAUCCAUCAGCGGACAUGCCUCACAGAUACACCCACCACAGGAGGAAGGCGAAUGGCGCGAACGGCUGGAGGAUGGAGCGGCGCAGCAACGCGGGCAAAGCCAACCACCGGUCCAGGAAACUGGCGGUCAUCUCCCGGUCCCUGAUCCUGUGCAGCUCCAGGACCAGCGACGACGGCUCCAGCCCCGAGGAGCGAUAUGCUGACUUUUGGGAAGCGGAGAGAGAGACAGAGAGGGAAGGACCCGGGAGGAAGCCAGGGAACGCGGCUCCAUCCUCCGCAGCCUCCUUGGCCGUGCCUCCGCAGUGCCACCCAGGGGAACUGAGGAAGAACGUGAGGAAGACUUUCUCAAUUAAGGAAAGCAGUAUCUGGAGAAUGUGUGUUGCGACUGGUGAGGAUAGCCUGGGGCUCCAAAUCUCCGAUAAUAACAUCCAACCGAGUGACAAAGGGCUCACUGUUGGCCAUGUGAAAAAUGGGGGGGCAGUGUUCAGAAACAGCUAUAUUCAGCCGGGAGAUGAACCUCGCCCACUCAUUGGAAAGUUUCUAAAUGGUCAUUCACAGAUGGAGGCCGAGCCAAUGAUGCAGUCAACCACGCGGGCAAUGGAUACAAUGACUUACACUGAUAAUUCUUGGAGAAAUGGUAUGGCAUUUUCCAGUCUCAGUGCUCCUCCAGUACCACCCACAGACAGCAAGGACCCACAAUCCGUGAUCAACUAUGGAGAUAAAGAACACAUGGAAAUAGAUGCUAGCCAUAAGGAGCCUAUUCUAGAGGUGGCGAGGGAGAAUGGAGGAUGCUGGGAGAGAGAGAGGGCUGAGCAAGGCUCAAAGAAUGAGUUAGCCUGCAAGAGGACCAGAUCCAACUCCACCAGUGUCAAUCCCUACUGGAUCGGGGACUUGGACGCACUCAUUAUGAAAGCUCCGGAGCUCUAUGGGAGCCACGCCCAGGGUAACACAGGCUUUUAUGGAAACAGAAAGUCCCUCUCACAGCAGCUGGAGUUCCCUCAUGGGAUCACACAGGUAGCUCCCAGACCCUCCCGGUCUCUGAGCUCGGCUCACUUGGUGCACUCCAGCAGCACAGUGCAGGCCUUCAUCAUCUGCAACAUUGUGCUCAUGAAGGGCCAAGGCAAGGGCUUGGGAUUCAGCAUUGUCGGGGGGAAGGACAGCAUGUACGGUCCCAUGGGAAUCUACGUCAAGACCAUCUUUCCUGGAGGGGCGGCGGCCGCAGAUGGAAGGCUGCAGGAAGGAGAUGAGAUCCUGGAGCUGAAUGGGGAGUCUCUGCAUGGCCUGACCCAUGAAGACGCCCUGCAUAAAUUCAAACAGAUAAAGAAAGGGCUGCUGACGCUGGUGGUGCGGACCAGCCUGCGGGUGGGGGCGCUGUCGAGCCAGGCCCAGGCGUCCCAGCUCUGCCGCUCACGGUCGCUGAGCUCCAGCGCGAGCAUCGCCAGGACCAGCGCCGACAUGGGCGACUACAGCUUCCCGGCCAACCCCGCCAAGCCCAAAGACCGCAUCAUGAUGGGGGUAACGCUGCAGAAAGAGGUGGGCGUAGGCCUGGGCAUUGGCCUCUGCUGCGUGCCCUCGGGGGAGGGCUGCCCCGGCAUCUACAUCCACACGCUGUCCCCGGGCUCAGUGGUGCACAUGGACGGACGUCUCAGGUGCGGGGAUGAGAUCAUCGAGAUCAAUGACACCGUGGUUUACAGCAUGACGCUGAACGAGGUCUACAAUGUUCUGAGUCAGUGCAGCCCGGGCCCCGUUCACGUCCUCAUCAGUCGGCAUCCGGACCCAAAAGUGUCGGAGCAACAGCUGAACGAGGCCAUAGCACAGGCCGUGGAGAACAGCAAGCUGAAGAAAGACAGGCACCAGUGGUGCAUGGAAGGCUUGAAGAGGCCGGAGGCCUGCUCACACGGGAAGCAGAAGUGCGACCGCUGCCUGGAGCGGAGCUUCGGUCAGCUGACCGGGCGACGGGCCCAGAAGACCAUGACACGCUCCUGCAGCGACAGCACCUACAACCACCGCUCCGUCGGGGGGCCUGCUGGCCCGCAGCACGUGCACCAGCACCCCGACCUCAAGGCCCGCGUGCACAGCGUGGACGUCUCCAUGCAGUUCCCCCACGUGCUCGGGCCCGAAGGCUGGCCGGACGGGGGGCCGUCUCCUCCGUACGCGGACGAAGACUACAACAUCCCCUACAGCGGCUCUGAAUACGGCUCUGCUCAGUUCCUUUUAGACGCGGGCUUCAGUGCCUCCAAGGCCUCCAAACCCAAGCUGCCAACACCUCCCAGGAAGCACUAUGCACAACAGGAAGUAACGAGUGAAGAGACUCUCCCAGACUCAGAGGGGUCCAGCGGGGAUUCGCCUGUUAAGGAGGACGCCUGGCAAUCUUCCCAUUCCAACUGCCGGGAAGCAGCUAGCAGUCUUUCCGAGGGAACUAAAGCAGCUCAUACCAGUUCUGUCACAGCCAGUUCUGACUUAACAGAACACUGCUUCAGAGACGACACGAGACAUAAAGUCCCCUCUCUGUGCACAGGUAGUGAGUCGGCCGUCCUCAUCUGCUCCCAGAGUAAGAGGCCAGCGCUGAGGAGGCAGGCCCACGUGGAACUGAUCCAGGAACAGCUGCGUGACCCCUGGGUGAGGAUCUCUGACAGCACAGAGGCCCAGUGUAUCUCCCUGACCAUGAGCGAGGAGAACGGGACCGCUGACCUCAGCGGCCAGGCCGAGCCAGAAGACACCCACGUGUCCUCGGCCCCUUCCGAACCCAAACCCGAAGAGCUGCUCGGCGCAAAGAGAGGACCGCCAGUCGCGCCCAAGCCCAGCUGGGUCCGGCAGAGCCUGAGAAGCGGGAGGGUUGGAGGGCAGCUGCAGGAGCUUUCCAAACCUCCCGACAAGAGAGCCCAAGACGCGGGCAGAACCUUCGGAGUGAGUCUGAGAGCUACCUCGUCUGGGGGAAACCUGUCCUUCAAACAGAAGAUCCACUCGUUCGAGACUUUCUCCAGCCCGGAGACGCCGCAGAGGGGUAGCUGGAGGCCGGGCCCUUCCGCGUCGCUCUCGUUAAUGGAUAAGGCGCCUGGCCGGAGCGACGCUGCCCACUCCCCCGCGGACGCCGGCAGCGCGGUUAACGGGAAGCCCGCGGUGAACGGGAGGCCUGCGGUGACCCGUGCAGCCGAAGAGAAGAACCCCUCCCCCGUCCCUGCCGCCGCACCCGCACCUGACCCGACCCCAGUUACAAGCGCCAUCCCGGAGGCCUGCAGUCCCCCAGAGGAAGCGCCCAACCAAAGCGAACCCAAAGAGGAGGUGCCCGCCCCGGAGGAAGACGUUCGAACAGCUUCUCCGCCUCCUUCGGAGCCCAGGAAGUGUGAGAUACCUGUCGCCACCCCUAAAAUCCUCCCUGCUGAAGAGCCCCUGCCCCUCAGGAAAGACCUUGAAUCUGUCACACAGACAAGCCUGCGGACCAGGAGUCUCCCACUGUCUGCCUCCCUCUCUUCAGAAGGCCCUGGUCUCCGGGUGCUGGAUGGCGAGAGCUUGGGGAAGAUCCUGUCGUUCAGCAAUCAGGUGUCCCAUGCUCUGAUGCGCUCCAUGCGCUCUCUGCCUCAGUCUCCCUGCUCUUGGCCCAGUAAUCCCUGGAACCCCCCUCCCGGGUCUCCCCUGGUCAACCCCGAUGAGGACAAUCCCUCGGCCGAAAAGGUCCCCCUUUCUCCAGGAGUUGACAACAGUGAGCCAGGCUUCUCUGUCAGCCUGGCUGAGUUGAGGGAGUGCACCAUUGAGCGGGGGGAGGAGAGCGGUGAGGAGCGCUUCGCCCCGCCCGCGUCCGCCUCCAGCUGCGCCCAGUCCGUCAUCUCCGCCAUCCCGUCCGAUGAGAUCGAGAGGAUGAUCGAGGAGGUCCGAGCGCUGGACGAGGACACCCUGAAACAAUUUGAGGACAUUCAUGUUGUCAUAUUGCACAAAGAGGAGGGUGCCGGCCUGGGAUUCAGUAUUGCUGGAGGGAUUGACCUUGAGAACAAAGCAACCACCGUUCACAAGGUGUUCCCCAAUGGGCUGGCGGCGCAGGAGGGAACCAUAGAGAAGGGAGACGAGGUGCUGUCCAUCAACGGGCAGACACUGAAGAACGUGACGCACAGCGACGCCACCGCCACCCUCCGGCAGGCUAGGACCAUGAGGCAAGCGGUGGUGGUGGUGUGCAAAAGCAAAGAAGGAGAGAGGGACGACGACAGCAGCACCCUAGAACCGGUCCACAGCAGCACAGAGCAGAACCUCACAGAGGGUACUACUCUAACACUGGAGCUGGAGAAGACUGCAGGUGGAGUGGGCUUUAGUUUGGAGGGAGGCAAAGGUUCCAUCCAUGGAGACAAGGCCAUUGCCAUCAACAGGAUUUUUGCAGGCGGUCCUGCAGAGCAGGGUGGAAUCCAGUCAGGGGAUGAGCUGCUGCAGGUUCAGGAUGCCGUCCUACAGGGGCUAACGCGCUUCGAGGCCUGGAACAUUAUCAAGGCCCUCCCCGAGGGGCCUUACAAAGCCAUCAUCAGGAGGAAUCAGGCAGAGCUGUCCUGAACACCGGCCUCACCGCGAGAAGACUGUGCUGCAGAAGGCCCAAGGGGGCCGAGGUCACAGUUCUAUUCCAGUCUUGAUACCAGUACUGUAAUGAGAUAUUGCCUUACAGAUGGUCACUUUGUUGUUUUUUGUUGCAAUGUGUUUACACUCUAGGUACUUUGCUUAUACUGUAUUUUUUAAUCCUCAGAAAAAAUCUUAAUCAGGGAAGCCAGUGGACACAUCCUUGUUUACUCAUUUCAGUAUUUUGCUUUGCACAGACACUGUUUAACACGUCACGUUUAAAAAAAGCUGGAAAUACGAAGAAACGGCUUUACUUGAUUUUUAACAAGUGGCUUUGAAAGCACAACUCAGAUGUAUUUCCAAUAUGUUUCUUUUCAUAACAACUAUUUCAGAGUUUGCAACAAUGGAUACAACAGCACUGUGUAAAGCUUCAAUCUGUAGCUUAUAGGUUCAUUUUAAAAGUCUCAGAGAUUAUGCAUUGGCUUGGAGUAUUUGCAUAGAUUUAUUUGUCUUACAGGAGGCAGUGCAGGCUACAACAGUGCAGUUGUUCAUGCAACUAUCUCUCAGCUAAAAAAAGAAGCUAUAUUCAGGCAACAUGUCUAUAUUGGGUAAAUGUCCUAGGAAUAUUACGGAAAUGUAUUUUAAUUAUUUUGUAUAGAUUAAAAAAAAUAUGAUAAAUAUAGCCUAUAAUGCCCAGAGUUCAAUGUGUCAGAAUUUUGAUUUGGGUAGAUUUAAUUUUCAAAAGUAAAGUUAAAAUUAUUAACUAAAAUGUGUCUGUGGAGCAUUUGUCAGCUACCUGUUCCCAUUGUAUCUUUCCAUACCACACUGAAACCCACUAUCUGCUAAAGCUGAUUGCACAGUGUACUUAUACACUGAACAGUUUGACGACAGUACUAUAGAAAGAGAGAGAGAGAGAGAGAGAAAGAGAGAGAGAGAGAGAGAAAUAAUUCACUGACCAUUUAUGGGCAUCUGUUAGUGUGUUUUUACAAACAAAAACUGUUCUUUAUCCUCUUAGAAUCGACAAACCUGAAACACAGUAAAAUAACCUAAAUGAGUCCUAAAUGUAUGCCACUUGUUAGGAUACUCACUAAUUUCUCCAAAAAGCCAACAACCAAGAUGUUUUAGAGAUGUUUAAAAAACAUUCUAUGGCAUUUUAAAUGGUUUUGACAUUAGUUAGAAUCAUAUUUCUUUAGUUCUCUGCUGCCGACAUGUGUCUGCAUACAGUAACUACACCAGGCUAAUCGUUUUCUUAGAUUCUGCUGAGUACUUAUGAAUCAUAGGUAAUGUACUCAAUAAAGAAGGCAAAAAACAGAAAUGGUCAAAUUUAACUUAACCUGACCAUGGACAACAUCCUAUUGAUCCCACGUGUGCUGUAAUCAUAUCAUAU